AUGUUAGAGGUAAAGUUAAAUAUAAAUUUAUAUAUUCAUGAAUUGAACCGUAUUUUCCCCACAGAUGUACCAAAACCUGCACGUGGACCACUUCCUCCUCGAUCUUUACCACCUUUGGUCCCAAAAAUUUACAAACAGGAUGAAACUGAGGUAGCAAAUUCCAAAAGGGAAAAUGACAAUUCUGAGUUGGAAGGUUCGAACGCCGAAUGUGCUGAAUUGGAGCCUCCGGUACAAAAGCUAAAGGAAGACACAACAGACAAGGGCAAAGAAAAACAAGAAAAGCCAGUAAAGAAAAGAUUCCGAAGAAUUUUUCGAUGUUUGCGACUGCGAAAAAAGGUUAACGAAGAAAGUUUGGAAACCCCCGAAGUAAUUGCACAACAAGAUAACAAAAAAUUCAAGCUUUUUUCAAAAUUUUUUAAACGAAAGAAGAAAAUAGGUAAAGUCAAAGAGAACGCAAAAGUUGUGGAGAAGAAAGGUGAAUUGGUUUCGCUUAAAGACGUGUCUAACAAGGUCCCUGGUAAUUUGAAAAACGAAUGUGGAUAUUGCAUGAGCAGAAAAGACAGAGUGCGAGAGACGUGUUACAAUCUUAUUGGACCAUGCUUUGGAGUAUUGAAAAUAAACGUUGUCGAUAAAAAUGCACCAAUUGCGAUAACAGGAAAAAGUAUUGCAUUACAUCAAGAAGAUGGAUCAAAGAUGGUUACCAAGGGUAAAACUGGAAAGAAGAAGAAAAGAAAAGGUUUGAAACGUGCAAAGUCUUUUACAGCACUAAAGACAUCAAAAAAUGCCUCUGUGCAUGAUAACAUCAAUGAUGAAGAUCGUGCUGACAGAGAAAGUGAGGAUGAGACUGAUAGUGAACUUCAGUUGCUUUUUGCUCAAUCCCCCAACACUCCUGUUAACGGAGAAUCUUGCAACACAUUUUCACCUGCAUUAGAUGUAGAUUAUGAGGAUAUUCCAACUGGUGCUAAGCGACAUGUUCAUUUCGAAAUACCUCAUUGGGAUGAACAUGAUCGAAAGCCUGGUUCAAGGUGCGCUACACCAAAGCCUAAAGAACCAAGUGCUGAACGACGAAGGGAACGAAAGACAAUCAUGAAGUUACGAUUGGAACAAAUAAAAGCAGAGGAGGCUCGACUAAAAAUGCAGCAUGAGCGUAUUCGACCAAUCAGCGCUCGAAGAGAUCGCGUAAACAAAACAAAAAUUGAUUUGAAAGCUCUUGAAGCUGAGCGAAGAAGAGCCCAGCUUGAGCAUAUGAAGACCAAAGAAAAGGCAAUAAAGUUGAACAAAGAUGUUUUGAAUGAUGCUAAAUUGGAGAAAAUUAACUUGAUUAAUGAACGUGCAGAAGCUGUUCGCGCUCAAAAGGAGAAAAAGGAGAUGGAGGAAAUGGAAAGACGACGUAAGCGUGCUGUAGAACUGCAAAGAAGUUUGGCUUCUAGUAAAGGUAGACGAAACAACAACCUGUCAGUCAAAGUUGAAAAAUUGAAAGAAAAGCAUGCUCAUGUGGAUGCUAGACGUUGCCAGAAACGCAAUGACCUAUCAGCUCAAGGUGCAAUUCCACAAGUUCCACAAGUGGGUGUCGUUGCUGAACAUGAACCAAGACCAGCUCCUGUGACACAUGAUGAUGUUGUAUUACCAGUUGUUGCAAAACGUCGCGCAAAAGACGUUGUUGCUCAAAUUGCAGAUAGCAAAAAACUUCGAGAAGGGCAAAUGCGAGGAAAAAUCGAAACAAGAGUAAACAGUGAACGAGAUGCACUUGUACGACAACAGCAUAAUCAGAAUAGCGGUGAAGAGGGUGAGAUUAGUCUCAAAGCAGAAGUAGGGGAAGAGCUUGUUGUCGGCCGACGACGACGACGUCGAAAAAAACACACGGCACAGGAGGGUGAUGCUAAAGUUGCAGCAGAGGUAAGAAAAUCAUUUUGUUAAGUCGCUUGGUGAGGUUUAUAAUAUCCUGGUUAUUUAUGUACCUUUCUUAUUUUAGCCUCCAAAUUUUCAAUAACUUAUUCAAGAUUCAGUAACUUUCAAAUUGGCUUUAAAGACGGAUUUAUUUAUUUAUACUUGUACAGAGGACUUGAUGUUGAGGCUUUGGGUUUGUUUAUUUGAGUUUUUGUUUGAAUAUCAAAUAUUUUAAAACAUUUUAUACAGACAUUCAAAAAGUACGCUCGCCAUUCGAGGGCGGGAUAAUUGGGGAUUUAGGGAGUCGAACUUGGGACAAGACUUGGAUGUAAUAAAGUAGGGAGGGAGGGAGGGAGGAAGGGACAAAGGUAAAGAGAAAAAUGGGAAGGGAGGAUCAGAAAUGGUUUAUUUCAUCAAAUGUACUUUUUGAAUACAAUCUGUUUUAUUGAUGAACAAGAAUGCAAAAAAGUUAGAAAGAUGUCUUGUCGUGUAAAACUGUUUAUUCACUAAAAGGGAACGCGAUAAACCACCUUGCUAAGUGCGUUGUCGUACAUCAUUCAACCAGCGUUUGUCCUUUCUGAAAAUGUAACAUCAAUUCAAAUUUACCAUCUUUAAUAAAGGAUGCUACUUUAACUAUUCUUGGGAAUUGCGGCGCCCAAUGAUUUAGUUAAGACAGCGCCUCGUCGACAGGAAACAAAAAAUGGCGGCAAGUAAUUAUGUUUCUUGUCUUAAAGAAUCACGAAAUGCAAACUUAUCAUCUAUAAAAAAGGAUGCUACUCUAACUAUUCUUGGGAAGGCGGCGCCCAAUGAUUUAGUUAAGACAGCACUCCAUCCACAGGAAACAACAAAAUGGCGGCAAAUAAUUUUGUUUCUUUUCUUUAAGAAUUUCUUAAAUUACAAAUUGCAUAUUUAAAUUUUCAAUGAAUACAGACAAAUAAAACGAAUGAUAUAUGACUGGGAAAGAAGGAUGUUUGAAAAUAAAAAAUAGUUUUACAUGACAAGAUCGAAGCGUUUUGAUCGGAUGAAAGUUUUCGUCAAUAAAAUUAAUAAGAUGAUUUAGAAUUUUUAAUGUUUAUACAAAAGCUCGAAUUUUCAUUCCCAUUGCUGAUGUUGAUGGGACUCUUUCUAAAAAAAAUAUAUUUUUCACAUAAAUUAAGGACUUUUGUUUUAACCUUCUGUUUGUAAAUAAUAAUCAAGGUGUAAUGUUAGUAGUGUUCCACAAGAUUCUAAAUCACAUUCGACGGAGAGUGAUUUAUUACACAGUCAUGCAGUCAUGCUAAGCUUUUUGCCUCGCUUUUAAUCUUUUAUAAAGAAAACCUUGUUUGCACGAGUUCUGUAUUCUAACAUUUCUGUAUUGCUACAUUUCCCUUGUGGUCCCUGACUGACUGCUGCGAAUGAUUUUCUAUUUCGGACAUUUCGUCACAGAGUGAACAAAAAAAAGGCAUGCUGUAUAUAUCGGUCAUAUUAAAAUGUUGAUUUUUCGCUUUCUUGGUACAAUUGUUAACAAAAAUUAGUCCAAUAAAAUUAACCCUUUGACUCCGCAGGGCACGAAUUGCUAUCGCAGCAAGGGAGAAAUGCCGACAUGCUGUCUAUUGGCCAUAGCUCGUGAACACUUAACCGUGAGAUAUCAAGAUGAAGUCGCAUAUGAAAAAGAAUUAAAUUUCUCAUAGAGCAAGAAAUCAAAUUUAAAUUUAAAAGAUUUUACGCAAAGAGCAAGAAAAGAUACGGCUUCUUCGAAAAACUUCUGCGGAGUCUAGGGUUGUUUUGUUUUUUACCAGUCUUAGUACUAAACUAGACAAUAAUGGUGAAGUCAAAAUUGUUUUUCCAAAUUUGGUCCAGAAAGGUCCAAAAUAAACUAUUUUUCUUAAUUUGCAAUAGACACAACACGCGCCAAACAUAAUGACAUCAAAGAUUUUAACACUCAGUAUCUUUGAAAAUCACUUAGUUCUGAUAAUCCAGUACCUUUAAGUUUAAAUCUCUUGGGCGGUUCCUCUAAAAAUAUUUCUAGGGCUGUUCGUCUAAAAAUAUCUCAAGGGCGGUUCCUCUAAAAAUAUCUCAGGGCUGUUCCUCUAAAAAUAUCUUUAGGGUGGUUCCUCUAAAAAUAUCUGUAGGGCUGUUCGUCUAAAAAUAUCUCUAAGGCGGUUCCUCUAAAAAUAUCUCUAGGGCUGUUCCUCUAAAAAUAUCUUUAGGGUGGUUCCUCUAAAAAAGACAAAAUCUCCAUAAUUUUCUUCUACCUCUUUUUAUUCACCGAUUACAUUUGCGAUACGGUGGCAUUUAGAGGUUACGAUAAAUUUCAGUUUAGGCGGUGCAGUUCGCACUCAUCACUGCUAACCACGAAACAACAGCAUAGGAAUGUCGUAGCGACCAUUUCCCUCCUAUUAGGAAUUUUUUGUAGUUUGUUUUGUCGAUAUUUAACAUAAACGUCACUUCGAGACCAACUCUCGUACGACUGAACUUCCAUGAUAUAUAAAUAAUUUUGUAACGAAAAUUACAAGAUUUCAUAUAAUUAUCACCUCUUCACUACUUUCGCCAAGGUGUCUCACUAAUUACUAAUCCAAACUCUUUCUGCCAUGGGAGGCGUUAGUACGACCUUCCGUUUAAGCGAAGCCGAUUCUUGCUCUGGAGUUUUGGCGUUAUUCUGCUAAGAGACUGCUAUCUUCGCUCUGUUUUUCUUCCUGUAAAUUACGCAACACUUCCCAUGAAGAUAUUAAAAACAUAUUCAAGGGGACCUCCCGCCCAAGAAUAAUACGAUAUAAAUUGAUUCAUAUCAAUCUCAUAUUAACCAAUUUAGUAUUUAUUUAUUUAUUUUAACCAUAUCGCGGUUAUAAGUUGUAAAUUUACAAAAAGUUUAGCACUUUUUUUUAACACAUUUCUCUUCGUCAAGGAGCCUUUUUUUAACAGCCGAUAUGUGUGCUAGACUUAGGGUGAAAUGCUCAUCCAAUUCAGAGAAAUUGGGAAACUGGAAGUGUCCGCAAACAUUAGAUAGGUAGUUCAAAUUUAGCCUUUUAUUUAAGUGACAAAUUACUCCAUACACCGGUUUUUUACACUGAAGACAUUAUUCAUUAAUUAGAUUUCCAUAAAAAUCAUUUUAACUUUAUAACAAAGAGCCUUGGGAUCGAGGUUGAACUCUAGUGCGUCUACGGAAUAAUAGUUCCUUUCCCUCACAAUAUUUUGCAAAUUUCUGACAAUUUCAAACUUUCCUGACAGAGCGGACAACGUGAAAUAAAUUUAGUAGUAGCUCAGGAUUGCCACAUCAUAUCAUAAAUUAAGGU